AUGGAUGAAAACCAGGUGCAAUGCUCUCCUCCUAUUCCAACAUCAAAUAUCUCCAUGAAAACAUUGUCAAAAUCUCUGUUUUACCUCUCUAAGCUCAUGUCUCACCCACUCUUCUCCAUCCUCACCGCCUCCUUGCUUCUCAUCAUCCUAUACGUUCCUCGCUCUCUCCUCCCAAUCCUCCUCUCCCCCGUCCCCAUAUGCACCUCCUUCCUCCUUUACUCCCUCUUCAGUUUCGGAUCCAAACCGGCUUGUCACCAUCGCCAUCCUCCCUCCGCCCACGCUAAACCCGAAUCCAAGCCCCAGACUCAGCCAAAACUCGUUCCCUUUCAUCAAAAUCACAUCUUUCUCGAAUCCGGCAUCGAAUGGGUCCCCAUCGGAGGCCCUCUGGAGAUCAUCUACGAAGACUACGAAGGCGAAGAGGAUGGAGACUCAUCGGAAUAUUCUCCAUCUCCGGAAUAUUCCAAAGCGACUGGUCUUAUCGGAUUCGGGUCUCUGGAUUUCUACUUAACGGACUCGGAUUCCGGUUCGGAUUGUGGGGAGAUGCGUUUCCGAUGGGAUGAAGACGAGGAGGACGACGAAGGGAUGAUCGAGAUCGCGUUUGAGGAGGAUAAUCUCAUCGAGAUCGACAUUUUCUGCAACAACCGCCGAUGA